CGAUAAAUGCCGCUUUUUGGCUCAGCGUUCCCUCCACCGUUUUCUCUUUCCCUCCAUUCUUCCCUCCCCCCUCUCGCGAGAUCCAUUCGAGGAACUCCGAGGAGCAUCCUUUCUUCCCUUCCUUACAGCGGUCAGAGAUCGAAGGUGGUGAUCUCGAUAGACCAAGUGCAGUAGCCGCAACCGCAGCAGCAGAUCUCAGUGAUCUUGCCACUUGUAUAUUACUUCGGUAGGAUGGAUGAUCCAAGUUUCUUGAUGUCUGCGGGAUCUGCGGAUCCAAGUAGCAGUGAUUGCCCGACGAAGAGCUGCGCGGUUUGCCGGACCACCAGAACCCCUCUCUGGCGAGCCGGCCCUUCCGGUCCCAAGUCGCUCUGCAACGCGUGUGGUAUCCGGUACCGGAAGAACAGAAGAGUCGCUGCGCCGGGGUCGAAGAAGGAGAAGAUUGAGGUGGGGGCGCCUCUCAAGCUCCGGAUGCUUGGGUUGUGGGAACACAGAUCCACGAUCCAGAAGCAGAGUAGGAGGAUGGGCUGGAGGAGAAGCAUGCUUGGGGAAGAAGAGGAGGCCGCCGUCCUCCUCAUGGCCCUCUCCUCCGGCCUCCUAUAUGCCUAAACCCCUUUACUCCGAUGCCCUUUUUUGGUGGAUGGAAGCAGACGCUGCCAAGCAACAACGAGAAGCAUCAGCUUCCCAUCUUGAUGACCCUUUUUGGCCACUGUAGCACAUGUAUGCGCACAUAUGUAGAGUCUUCCGUGUAACCUCAUAGCCAUGUCUCGAGCUCGCCUUCACCAAUAAUAAGUUAGUAUGUUUUAUGCA